UGUAGUUCUGUCUGUUACCACAGUUUGUUACGUAUUUCCAUUUUUUAGUGAUCAAAACUAUUUUUUAUCCGGAAAAAUAUUAAUUAAACAGAACCUCAAGGAUUAGACUACUCAGAAACAAACUGGUACUCUAGACCGCAAAGUUGUAUUAAUUAAUUCUUCCAGUACAAGUUAAGAGUGGUUCGAAAAACAAUUCAAGGAGUUGUAUUGAAUACCGAUAAUAAUUACAAGCUGACGAUACUUUCUCACUACGAAUUUUAACGAUGGCAGUUGUUAAGACUCCGGUAUUAAAAGUAAUUUUAUGUGGUGAAUACGGUGUCGGCAAAAGUUCUAUAUUUCGCCGGUUUAUUAACAACACAUUUCUGCCUAAUUCGGACAGAAGGUCAACAUUAGGCCUGGAUCAUUUCGAAAAGUUAUACCAAGUUGGUGACAAAGAAGUCAAGUUACAGCUCUGGGAUACUGGUGGUAUGGAAAGAAUAGCAUCAGUCACUUCAAGCUAUUACAAAUAUGCUGAGGCUGCCGUUUUAGUGUUUUCACUAGACAAUUCCUCAUCAUUUCAUGUGCUGAGCCAACAUCUCUUAGAUAUUGUGACCUAUGCAGAAAAUGCCAAAAUAUUUCUAUGUGGCAAUAAGUCUGAUUUAGAGGGGUCAUGCCCUCAAGUUACAGAUGCUGACAUAGAAAACUUCUGUGAGCAGUGUCACAACUUAAUUAGUACUACAUACAAAACAUCCUGCAAAACCGGACAAGGUUUAGAGGAAAUGUUUUCAGACAUAGCUCUUCAGUUAGUUGAAUCAAAUAGAUCCAGGAUUGAGCUUCAGAGGUUAGAUCACAACAGUUUUAAGAUAUCCCAACCUGAACCACCAGAUGAGCCGUCCUGUAGUUGCUAAUGAAAUAUUAUUAACUUCACAUCAAGUCCUCUGCCAUAUUCGUUUGUCUGUCUGAUUGUUAAUGUCAGCCAGAUCAGUAAGGAUUUUCACUUGGCUUUCACCAAUAAAUAGACUGAUUUACAAGACGGGUUGAGGUGUAUAAUUUAAAUUUGUCUAAAGAAAAAAAAAAUUUUCAUGAAGAUUUUUUUGUGUAAAAUAUGUAUGUCAAGCUUAUGCUUACUGUUUUGUUACGGCCUGUGCUAUAUUUUAAUUCUUGUAUGUAUGCAUAAGAUAUAUCUAGAAAAUAUAAUAAGUAAUUACUUAUUGUGAAUCUCAAAACUGUAGUAUUGAUAAUAUGUAAGAUAUUGUUAUUCAAAAAUCAGAAAACCCAUACCUGGCAUUAUUAAUUUCUGUAUUAAAUUCCACUUAGUAUUAUGAAAGUAUUUAUUUUGAAAAUACAAAUCAUUUGCAUAGGUGUAGGUAAAAUCCAUGACUUAUUUUCAUUUUUCACAUGAUAAUUAUGCUAUUUUAGAUGAAUUAAUUGUUGUGAAUUAUUCAAUUAUUUAAUGGCCACUACGAACUUUAAAUAAAGACCUAUUACCAUAAAAUCAUGUCAUUUCAAAUACAUCUUAGUUACUUAAUAUUGCUUUGCAUUGAGUAGUUAUCUCAGCAAUGAUGACUAGGCACUCGCUGUGUACCUAUUCAAUUAUUUUAUUUUAAUAUACCUACUAACACUAAUUUUUUUUAAUAUUAGGUACUCAAGACUUGAUUUCGUAACAGGUUUAAAUCAACUUAAAGUCUAGCUAUUUUGAAGUGUUUUUAAUAUUACUGGGUGGGAAAAGUAGGUACAUUC